GAGAGUCUGAGUGCCGCAGCCCAGAUCCGCUCCCCUCCGCCCGCUCCCUCAGCAGCUCCACAGCAGCGGCUCCACACAGGCCUCAGACCCGCAGCGCAUGUGUGGUGGAGAGACGCUCCGGACAGGAUGACAGAGACCGCCAAAACACACGUUAUUCUGCUGUCGUGUGGAAGUUUUAACCCCAUCACCAAGGGACACAUUCAUAUGUUCGAAAAAGCCAGAGAGUAUCUUCACAAGACAGGGAAAUUCAUUGUGAUUGGUGGGAUCAUCUCACCUGUACAUGACUCCUAUGGGAAACCGGGUCUUGUCCCCAGCAGACACCGCCUCACCAUGUGUCAGUUGGCAGUGCAGUCGUCUGAUUGGAUUAGGGUGGACCCUUGGGAAUGUUAUCAGGACACCUGGCAGACUACCUGCAGUGUGCUGGAACACCACAGAGAUCUCAUGAAGAGAGUGACAGGCUGCAUCCUAUCCAACGUGAGCUCUCCGUCCACGACUCCUGUGAUUGGCCAGCCUCAGAACACCAAUUCUCCAAUCUAUCAGAACAACAACACAGCCAACAAGCCCACAGCCAUUAAAGUAUGGGGGAAGUUGAGCGAGAGUCUGGGAAAAAUCUGCUGUGUUCGCCCGCAUGUGGAGCGCUUCACGUUUGUCGAUGAGAACGCUAACCUAGGCACUGCAAUGCGCUACGAGGAAAUCGAGCUGCGUAUCCUGCUGCUGUGUGGCAGUGAUCUGCUGGAGUCCUUCUGUAUCCCCGGAUUGUGGAAGGAGAGCGACAUGAAGGUAAUCGUGGGGGAUUUCGGAAUCGUGGUGGUGCCUCGGGACGGAGCCGACACAGAAAGGAUAAUGAAUCACUCUUCUGUGCUUCGCAAGCACAAGGACAACAUCAUUGUGACCAAGGAUGAUCUCAACCACCCGAUGUCAAUCGUCAGUUCAACUAAGAGCAGACUGGCUCUCCAGCAUGGAGAUGGACACGUGGUGGACUACCUGAGUCAGCCAGUGAUCGACUACAUCCUGCAAAGCCAACUCUACAUUAACGCUUCCGGAUAGAAGAGGGUGGGGGAAACUCCGUCGCCCCUCCAUCCGAUGCCCUAUUUGUUUCCCUGUGUGUGAUUACAGUAUAGACCCCCCCCCCUCCCCAACGCUACCACCAACGCUUUCCCAUAUAGUUCUCCUAUCUGUCGUCCCUUCUUACUGUAUCAUAGUGACUCGUCCGGCCUAAAGGUGUGCAGCAGCGUCGUGCCAAAGAGAGCUGCCCUCCGCCUGUGGGGUAAACGAGGGAACGGGUCAGGUGGGCCUGCAGGUCCAAUGAGGUGAGGGUGGGAAGGAGAGGGGUGUGGUUUAGAAGAAAGUGGAUUAAACAUUGCUGUCAAUCUGAUACUGCCUGUUCCCCUAAAUGCAUGCAUAGAGGUUUUCUUUUUAAACGCAUGAGUGCUAGAUCAGCCUCGUAGACUGUAGUCUGCUGUGACGGUGUUUGCAAAAAAAAAAAAGAAAAACAGAAAGAAAAAAAAAACGCUUAAGCGCAUUUCAUCUCUGAUUCAUUUUCUAUUCACCAUGACUGUGUACACAAACCAGACUCGUAUUGCUCUGUGUUUUGCAGUGGCGUGCUGUUUUAUGCUGCAGAUGUUCUGUCUUCAGUGUGCAUUCAUGCCUACAUGCAUCAUUUAAGUACAGUGGCUUGAAAAAUUAGUCAUACCUCUUGAACUUUUUCGCAUUUUGUCACCUUGCAACCACAAACUUAACAAAAAAAGGAUUUAAUUAAGAUUUUAAGUGAUAGAUCAACACAAAGUAGCACAUAAUACUGAAGUGGAAUGAAAAUGAUACCGCUGCAAGUCUUUUGGUGUUUGUCUCUACCAGCUUUGCGCAUCUAGAGAUUGAGAUUUUUGCUCAUUCUUCUUUAUAAAACAGCUCAAGCUCACCCAAAUUGGAUGGAGAGCUUCUGUGAGCAGCAGCAUUUUUCAAGUCUUGCCACAAAAGCUUAAUGGAAUUUAGGUCAGGACUUUGACUGGUCCAUUCUAACACAUGAAUAAUAUUUGAUCUAAACCAUUAUAGCUCCACUGUAGCUCUGGCUAUAUGUUUAAGGUCAUUGUCUUGCUGGAAGGUGAAUCUUUUUUUGCGGCCUAGAACAGGUUUUCUUCCAGGAUUCCAGCCCUGUAUUUAGUACUUCAGCUUUAUCUAUGUUCCCAUUAACUCUGACCAGCUUCUCUGUCACAGCUGAAGAAAAGCAUCCCCACAGCAUGAUGCUGUCACCACCAUGUUUUACAGUGGGGAUAGUGUGUUCAGGGUGAUGAGCAGCAUUACUUUUCCGCCACUUAGCAUUUAGGCCAAAAUGUUCAACUUUCUUCUUCCACAUGUUUGUUGUCUUUCCUACAUGGCUUGUGGCAAUCUGCAAACAGCACUUCUUAUGUCUUUCUUUCAACAACAAUGGUCUUCUACUUGCCACUCUUUCAUAAAGGCCAGAUUUGUAGGGUAAACAGCCUCUUGGCUCUUGAUUGGUUUCUGUGACCAGUGCUCUCAUUGCUUCAUCUGUCAGUUUGGGUGAACCGUCAUGUCUUGGUAGGUGCUCAAAGCUUGGGAUAUGUUUUUAUAACCUAACCCUGCUUUAAACUUCUCCUCAACUUUAUCUCUGACAUGUCUGGUGUGGUGAGUUCCUUGCUCUUUAUGAUGCUGUUUGUUCACUAGUGUUCUCUAACAAAUCUCUGAAUAGGUGCUUUCACAGAACAGGUGUAUUUAUACCAAGACUAAAUGACACACAGCCGGAAUCUUUUAAGUAAUUAAGUGACAUCUGAAGGCAAUUGAUUGUACUGGAUUUUAUUUAAGGAUUUGAAUACUUUUGCACAUCACACUUUUCCGAGUUUUAUUUGAUCCAGAUUUUGAAAACCAUAUAUCAUUUCUGUCCCACUUCACAAUCAUGUGCUACUUUGUAUGAGUCUAUCACUUCAAAUACAUUUAAGGUCGUAUGAUGACGAAAUGUGAAAAGGGGUAUGAAUACUUUUGCAAGCCGCUGUAUUUGUUUGCACAUUAAAGAAUGCCCCCUCCUGUUGCUCUCAUGCGCUUUACUCUUCAUACAGCGGCUUCUUGCUCGCCACCAGCUUAAGCUUAAUGCUGUUAGUGUGUUUCCUGUAAACCAGUCACUGCCAUUACACGGUUCACUCUGUAGCUGCCAGAUUUGCAGAGGCUGUGCGUGAAGACGGAAUAGUGUAAAACCAAGAUCAGCCUACAGUUAUCAGCCUACAGUUCUACAGUGAAGAAAUCAGCCAAAGACCACCCUUUCUUCAUUUACUACAUUUACAGUAAAAAAAAAAACCUUAAGAGCCUAGCAGGGGCUAGCAGCAGGCUACAGUACGAUAUACUCACCUCUGAACGAUGAAAGAGUUAGCGCUUCGCGCGGUUAGCGGGAAAUGCUAAUGCUGCUCCAGCAGUGCUAGCCGGGGUUAGCAGCAGACUACAGGCUUACAAUACUCACCUCUCAACAGUGAAAGAGCUACUUCUCAGUGUGGUUAAUGGCUAAUGCUAAUACUGCUCCAGCAUCGCUAGCCGGGGUUAGCAGCAGACUACAGGCUUAUAAUAUUCACCUCUGAACAGUGAAAGAGCUAAUGCUUAGUGUGGUUAGCCGCUAAUGCUAAUACUGCUCCAGCCUCUGUGCCUCGGGCUAAACUGAUACUCCUUUAUAACACUGUACUUCAACAGAGUGGCUUUAUGGCUCCAAUUGACGAUUUUGGGAAAAAUUAAAUGCUUUUAAGUACGCCUUAUACUGGGAAAAAUAUGGUAGUAUUUUCUUUGCUGAAAAGUAUAAUAAACACUGUAUUAACAGCAUAAAAAGAAAUCACAGUACAGUAGCAGUACAUCUCAAUAGCUAGCUAGCUUAAUGUUCUGUUCCACCUUAAAUGAUUCACUAGCAGUUACUGAUGCUGCUGCAUUUAAGAUGGAACAGAAAUAUUUAAAAAAAUACAAAUAGCAAAUAGACAACUUCAGCUUCCUAUAACAGAAGAAUUAGGGGUCGAUAAUUAUUAAUAAUACAGUCUAAGUAUCCAGUUAUUCAGGUACGCUUUUUUAAGAAAUAUAUUUAUUUAUCUUCUUAUUAUUAUUAAUUAUCCACUUUUCUUAUGCAAGUGGAUUGUCUUAUAUGCAUAACUUGCACUUAAUGACAGUAAAUAAAUGAAGGGUGGUCUAAGACUGGGAAUUAGUUUGCUAAUAUUUAACAGAUUAGAGAAGAUGUUAACAAGGAUUUAAUGAAUCACUUUGCAAAGCUGUUCAUCAAACUACCAAAACUGAUAAUGGCAACCAUGUUAUUGGGAACAUCUGGAUUUAUCUUACAUAACAUUCCUUUAAUUUUUUUGGUUUUCGUGAUGUUUCAGAACCAUGCUGUGGAAUUGUAUUAAUUUGUUUAAAAAACUAGGUUAUAAACAUAAAUAUCAAUUCUCAAAAUCCACUGUAAAUGACCAGAAAAUAACAUUAAUACUUGUUAACCAUUUGAGGUAUGGUGGUCACUGUAAGAAAUAUAAAAAAGUUCCCUCAUUUCUCUUCAAUCUUUGCAAUUGUGUUUAAAAAGGAAAUGACUACGAUUUCUGAAAAUGUUGAAUGUUUUCUGGCUGCAGGAAGUGAUGUAAGAACUGUAGUGUUAAAGUGAUGUAGUUAACACCACUUUGACUGCCACUGCAGAGUGGUUACUCAAAAAAAAAAAACACUUCAGAAAUGGCAUCAAACAAUUACAACCCAAAUCUGCUUUAGUUUAAUGGUUUGUAAUUUGUCCAGAUCAGUAAAUCUGACUUU